UUUUCAUUUCAUAUUUUGGUUCCUUUUUUCUACUAGACGCCAUACUAUGUCGAGCACGCCUUUUGCUUGGCAAUUAUUUCAAAACUGUGGCACUACUGAAGAGUUAAAACUCGAGACUCGGACUGACCCUCCCGAGAAAAAUGCACCGGACAAGAAAAAAUUCGAUACAUUUAUGGGCAAAUUACUGCUAAAAAGUAACAACAAUAACAGUAAACCCACAAACAAACAGUCAACUUUGACAGAGGAACCUUUUGUUAACCUCUUCCGCGUUCGAAAAAACAAACUACAGGAUUCGAAUGACGAUGCCAAGUUUACUUUCAAGUAUUUACCAGACGGUAGCAAGAAAGAAAACAGGUUAUCUAACGGGAAAAAGACGCGAUGGGAUGUUGGGCAGGAAGAGGAACAGAAAAAAGACGAGGUGACACAAAAGGAAGCACCAUCUUUGGAAGAGCAGGGAGAGGAUCCAAUUGAUCUAUUCGAUGAUGACUCGGAAUCAUUAACCUCUUUGGAUACUUUACAGUCAGAUGAUGAUGUACUGGGACCAUGGAUGAACUUGACCAACGAUAAGAAAGAACAAGAGUGUGAAUCAUGCGCUCAAUUGAAUGACAAAGAUCGUGGUCCUAUGGAUGCUGUUCAUUGUUGCUCAACUUGCACAGAUCAAUGGAAGAUUCUUUUAGGUGAUCUUUUAGAAAAAAUUCAAAGCUUGGCAGUCAAUACAAGCGCAGGCAAGAAGAAAAAGGCCAAAUUGGAUAAGAGCAUUCAGGAACAGCCAAGUAUGAAAAAAGAGAAGCAACCACAGCAACGUACAAGAGGAAAGAAAUCAGUCAUUCCUCCCACUCAGUCACGCCAUUCCCAAUCAACAAAUAAAAAGAUGGAGACAUUUGUAUCAACCGGCGCAUUCAUGACACGAAAGACGGCAGAGACCUUGGCUGAUCCAGAGAACGGAUUUUAUCCUAACCCAUAUGGAUACGUACAUCUUCAAGUUGUUGAAGUCUUGAAUAUUAACGGUAUAUGGUAUCGUGGAACGCUUGAGAAAAUGGAUAAGGGAAAGGUAAAAGUCAAAUAUAGCGACUGGGAUGACCAGGAAUGGAUCAUUAUGGGAAGUCGAAGACUACGUAUCGUGCCUCCUGAUGUGAUUGCGAAAGAAAGAGAUGAAGAAAAUAAGGAAAAAGACAGCCCGAAGGAUGGAUUGACAGUUAUUCCUCGUGCCAAGGGUAGAGACGAUGACUAUGUUAGCUCAACACUGGAUAAGGAUCCACAGCAGCUGUUUAACGAUAACGAAGUGUUCAUGACCCGUCGUAUGGCACGCGCCAUGGUAGACGAAUACGGAUUUAGACCCAACUCAUUUGGCUAUCGACGCAACCGAGCUGCAGCCGUCGCCUUUAAUGUCAAGAACAAAGAAUGUAUUGGGUUUUUGAGAGAAAUGCGUGACGAUCAGGUCCGUGUCUGGUAUCCUGACUUAUAUCAAUCAGAAUGGAUUCGCGUAGGCAGUCGUCGGUUGAGAUUAUUGUCAUCAGAGGAAGAAGAAAAGUAUAAGCAGCAGGUCGACUUGGACGUUCAAGAAGUACCAGCAGUAAACGAACAGAAGAAAGCAGAAGAUGAGCCAAAAGAGACAACGCCCAAAGAGUCAACACCAGAGCCAAAGACAAAGAAAUUACGUCAAAAGAAAGCAAAAUCAAAAACUCCAACGCCCGAGCCAGAAACGCGUCAAGAAAAACAACAACAGAAAGAGCCUCAAAAGCCUGCAGAAUCUUCUUUUCUUACAACUGGCGCCUUUGCCACACGUAGAGCGAUGCGACAGCUACAAGAUGAAAAUGGAUUUGUCCCAAAUCCUUACAACUAUACUUAUAAUCAGCCUGUAGAGAUCUUGAAUACAAGGUCGGGUAAAACGCAUUUUUGGGAAUGCGGAAGGCUUGUGGCGAUGCGGCCUGGUCAAGUCAAGGUACACUAUGAUGGCUGGGAUGAGGCCUAUGACGAAUGGGUUAUGGUGGGCAGUCGCCGUAUACGUAUCUUGUCCAAGGAAGAAGAAGAAAACAAGAAAAAGCAUAACGAGUUGCUUGUUGCAGAGGCAAAUCCGGAAGUCCAGGAUGAGGUGAAGCGUAAGCGAAAGCAUCAAGUCAUUCGGCCCGAAGACUAUGCAAAAUUAGGUCUCUUGGAGAGCGAACAAAUAGUGAUUAAACAAAAGAAAAAAGUGAGCAAGGAAGUAGCACCUGUCGAAAGUGAUAGUUCAAGCUCAGAGGAAGAAGAGGAGGAGUAUGAGGAGCCGAAUAUCAGAAGGAGAAGCAGAAAAGCAAGCAAAAAUAAAAAGAAAAAGGCAGUUAAGCAAAAGCAACAGCUACAACAACAACAAAAGGUCGCAGAGUAUCCUGCUACAGCUGCUGGCGCCGAAGAAGAGAAGCAGAUCAUUUCACUUCGAGUGGCUCAAGCUAAAGCUUCAGAAAAAUAUGAAUUCGUGGCAAAUGUGUAUGGCUAUGACUACAUGCAGCACGUGACGGUCCUUAACUUGGACAAGAAAAUGUAUGAAGCAAGGCUGGUUUCUAUGCAUAAAAAUAAGGUCAAGGUACACUAUUGUGGCUGGCCAGAUAUAUUCGAUGAAUACAUCACGGUUGGAAGUAGGCGCAUUCAGCCUAUAGAAAAUGACCAUCAAGUAGAAUGUAUUGAACCAGAUUACCAAGAGCGCUAUGAAAAGAUAAUGCAGGACGGCUCUACUGAAUGCCAGCACCAGCUCCAGCUCCAGCCAGCUCCCAAGAAAUUGAACAGAAAGAGGCUUACAUUAGAUGAUGUACAAGAGGAAGAAGGUCAAGGAGAAUAUCACAAGGAACCUAACGAAGAAGAGGAGAAUAUAGAAGUGGUUGAAAUGGACUCAUGGAAAGUAUACUGUAACCAAUGUAAUGUAGUCAUUAAGCAGUUUAGGUACUACUGUACAUAUUGUGAAAACCCAUCUAUUGGCUAUGACUAUCGCAGCUUUGAGCUUUGUCUGAGAUGCUUUGAUCAAAACUUCCCAUUCUGGCAUGAACACCCUCGCUCCAGUUUUGCUAUUCAAGCAGUCAUUGACGCUGAAGCAGGCCCCAGGCCGAUCAAGGGAGAACUUGUCACUGUCUGGGAAGAGGAUGUGCUAGAGGAGGAGCACCAGCAAGAAGAGCAAGAUGCUAGUAGUAUUUUCACAGGCGAAACAGCAAUAGAGGGCGAUCAAGGCUACAAGUUUCUAAAGCGAUGGAAGAGAAGAAAAGUAUGCGCAUUCUGUAACGAUGACGAUGAUACGUCUGAAGACUUGGGCUCUUUUAUUGGCCCGUUUAUCAUUGCUACAUACAAUAAGAAUGGUGUUGAAAAGAAACGGUCAUUUUGGGCACAUGAUGCUUGUGCAAGGUACUCGCCUGAAGUGUUUUGUACGCCUGAAGGUAAAUGGUACAAUGUCACUCUGGCUCUUAGACGUGGCAGAGGCAUGCGUUGUUAUGUAUGCAAAGAAAAGGGUGCAACAAUAGGCUGCUUUGAAUCAAAGUGCUCCAAGAGUUUCCACUUGCCUUGUUCACAAAAGCCUGUGAGUUACUUCAAGAGCGGCGUCAUAUUCUGGUGCUCGGUUCAUGAAGCUUAUUACAAUAAGAAAGAUACCUAUGUGAAUGUGUUCAACUGCGACGGAUGUGGCAAAAAGAUGGAAGAAGAGUCCUGGUUCACUUGUGUACCUUGCUCAUCUUCCAGUUAUUUCUCAUCGUUUGACCUAUGUAAUGGGUGUUUUGAAAAAUUCCCAGAGGACCAUCCUCAUAAUGAAGACGAUUUUGAAGAAACAUCCCUUGCUAUCAUCAAGGAAAUGGAGGCACAAAAGGCAAGAGAAGCUGCCCGAAAGAAAGAAGAAGCACGCGAAGCUAAUGCAAAGAAGAAGAAGUUGCUAUUCCCUCGUAAACGCCGCAAGUUACCUGAUGGAUCUGCACCUAUCUCCUGCUGCUACUGCGGCACAACAGAAGCAGAGAGCUGGAGAAAAGCAUACGAUGGUGGUGUAAUGAUGUGCAAUCCUUGCUUUGAAUUGGCUCUAAUGGUAGAUAACGACGAGCGACCUACAAGUGACAUGCCGCUUGUAAUUCACAACGCUGAGCAGCAGUACAUGACUUCGAUUGAAGACUACUCACAUAAACCUUAUUUCACGAGAGAAGCAGCGAUCAAAAUCGAUAGCGAAGCUGCUGUUGUCGGACAGAGAUUGACUUCGUAUGAGCCACAGCCAAACCAACUGUUCUCACUCGCCUUUGAGUCGACUUAUUUUGAUAUUCCCGGGCGUGCUCCACGAUGGGCUACUCAUUCAGGAACUGAUUAUCAUGGAACAUGGCUCCCUCAGACAGUUCGUCGAGCGAUUCUAAAGCAUACAGCUAAAGAUGAAAGAAUUUUAUCCAAUUUUCUAGGUAGAGGUACAGAUGCUAUUGAAUGCUUCUUGUUGCAGCGAAGAUGCAUUGGCGUUGAUAUCAACCCUGCUGCCAUCUCGCUAUCUCAACGCAAUUGUGCUUUUGAAGUGCCUCCUGGGCUCACUUCAGCCGAGUACCGACCUAUUAUUGCCCAAGCUGAUUCUCGGCAGUUAACAGGCGCGUUGUUCACAGACGAGUCGUUUCAUCAUAUCCUUUCGCAUCCUCCAUACAAGGAUUGUGUUACAUAUUCAACUCACUUGGAUGGAGAUCUCUCAAGAUUCACAACUGUUGAAGAAUUCAAUAAAGAAUACGCGAAGGUUGUGAGCGAAAGCUGGAGGUUACUAAAGAUGAGCCGAAGAUUGACGUUGGGCAUUGGUGAUAACCGAGAACACUGCUUUUAUAUACCCGUUGGAUAUCAUAUGUUUAGACUUUACAUCGAUGAAGGUUUCGAACUUGAAGAAUUGGUAAGUUAACCUUUGCUCUCUUCACUUGAAGGGGUUAACAUGCUAGAGGAUAGAUCAUCAAGAGACAGCGUUACU